GCCUGCGCCCUCCCCUGCACCCCGGCCCAUGGGGACACUCGCGGCGAAACUUCUCCUGCCGACCCUCAGCAGCCUGGUCUUCCUCCCCGCCGUCAGCAUCGCUGCCAGGAGGCGGUUCCACAUGGAGGCCAUGGUCUACCUCUUCACCAUGUUCUUUGUGGCGCUGUACCACGCCUGCGACGGGCCCGGCCUGUCGGUUGUCUGCUUCAUGCGUCAUGACGUCCUGGAGUACUUCAGCGUCUACGGGACAGCACUGAGCAUGUGGGUCUCGCUGAUGGCGCUGGCCGACUUUGACGAACCUAAGAGGUCGACCUUCGUGAUGUUUGGUGUCCUGACCAUCGCGGUGCGGAUCUACCAUGACCGCUGGGGCUAUGGGGUGUACUCGGGCCCCAUCGGCACGGCUGUCCUCAUCAUUGCCACAAAGUGGCUGCAACAGAUGAAGGAGAAGAAGGGUCUGUACCCCGACAAGAGUGUCUACACCCAGCAGAUCGGCCCCGGCCUCUGCUUCGGGGCACUGGCUCUCAUGCUGCGCUUCUUCUUCGAGGACUGGGAUUACACCUAUGUUCACAGCUUCUACCACUGUGCCCUGGCCAUGUCCUUUGUCCUCCUGCUACCCAAGGUCAAUAAGAAGGCCGGAAGUGCAGGGCCCCCCGCCAAGCUGGACUGCUCUACCCUUUGCUGUGCUUGUAUCUGACAUUGCCACCUGCCCCUGUCCCCGUCUCCCCCACAAGCCCCUGCCCUCCCCCUCAUCUCACGCCCCAGGAGCGCCCAGGAGAAACGUCUCUCCUCUGAGCCUGAGAGGUCCCCAGGGAUUUGGGGACCACCCUGAGUGCUCCUGGAGACCCCAGGUACUAGGUUUCCACUUUGGCCAAACAUCAUGCUGGAAAGAAAAGACCUUCCUCCCUCCUCCCCCACCCUCCUCCUCCUCCUCCUGCUUCUCCACAGUCAUGGCCAACAGGUGUGUCUACAGAAGCCUGGAACCUGUGUGUCCCCCUCAUCGGCCCUCCCCUCGUUACCCAGAAGCUCCGGCCCAGCCCCGGCUGCGCCCCUACUCGCAGCAUCAGUUUUCUCUUGGAAACUAGCGUCCCCACUUAUGUCCUGUGCCCUCCGGCUCCGAACACACCCGGUCGGGAUUCCUGAGGCCAGAAGAGGGGCAGCUCUGUCCCUGGCCCAGGCCCAUGUGGCCAGCCCUCCAGCCAGGUCCCUGAAUCAAGCCAUUUCAGGAACGGAGACCCCUAUGAAACUCCCCAAUGCCUUGGCCUUACUGGGUUCCCAAAGCUGUGUACUCAGCCCUUGAUCUAAUCCAUCAGACAAGUCUGCAGUAAAGCACAGUCAUUCCACUCUAAAGACAGAAGCCUGAGGCUCAGAGGAAAUUGUGGGCUUGAGGCCCCAAGCCAGUAAGGGCAGAGCUGGGCCCCAAGCC